CUUCAUCCAUUCCCACUCUUGAGAGUUAGCUAGUGUUACAAUGGCUACGAUGAGUUCAAUUUCAAAAAUUAUUUUCUUGGCAACAUGUCUCAUUAUUCAUAUGAGUUUGUCUUCUGCUGAUUUUUACACCGUGGGUUAUUCUCAAGAUGACUUGACGUCUAUCGAAAGACUUAUACAACUCUUUGACUCGUGGAUGUUGAAACACAAUAAGAUUUACGAGAGUAUUGAUGAAAAAAUAUACAGAUUUGAGAUUUUUAGAGAUAAUCUCAUGUAUAUUGAUGAGACAAACAAAAAGAAUAAUAGCUAUUGGCUUGGAUUAAACGGCUUUGCUGAUUUAAGCAAUGAUGAAUUCAAGAAAAAGUACGUUGGCUUUGUUGCUGAAGAUUUUACAGGAUUAGAACACUUCGACAACGAAGACUUUACUUAUAAACAUGUUACGAAUUAUCCUCAGAGCAUUGAUUGGAGAGCGAAAGGAGCCGUGACUCCUGUAAAAAAUCAGGGUGCUUGUGGUAGUUGUUGGGCAUUUUCAACUAUUGCAACUGUCGAGGGAAUAAACAAGAUUGUAACUGGGAAUUUACUAGAAUUAUCAGAGCAAGAAUUGGUAGAUUGUGACAAACAUAGCUACGGGUGUAAAGGAGGUUACCAGACAACUUCACUUCAAUAUGUAGCUAACAAUGGUGUUCACACGAGUAAAGUGUAUCCGUAUCAGGCGAAGCAAUACAAAUGUCGAGCUACAGACAAGCCAGGUCCGAAGGUGAAAAUUACUGGGUAUAAACGUGUGCCGUCAAAUUGUGAAACAUCUUUCUUAGGAGCACUCGCAAAUCAACCUUUAAGCGUCCUUGUUGAAGCUGGAGGAAAACCAUUCCAGUUGUAUAAAUCGGGAGUUUUUGACGGACCAUGCGGAACCAAAUUAGAUCAUGCAGUAACAGCCGUAGGAUACGGGACAAGUGAUGGAAAAAAUUACAUAAUCAUAAAGAAUUCAUGGGGCCCAAAUUGGGGCGAAAAAGGAUACAUGAGACUGAAAAGACAAUCUGGCAACAGUCAAGGAACUUGCGGAGUAUAUAAAAGUUCCUACUAUCCUUUUAAAGGAUUUGCUAAGGAUCUUGGCUUUCAUACAUACGUAUAAAAUAAAUUAUCUACAUACUUUACUUGAGUGUUUUUAAUAUAAAUAAAUGAUAGGAUUAAUAAUCCUAUAUAUCAAAGUUUGUUAUGACAAACUUUUGUAUGGCUCUGUAACAUAUAUGCUUGGUUGAAAUAAACAAAAAAGUUACAUAUA